AUGGGCCUAUCAGCUUGCGCCACAGGCACGUAUAAACGUGCAUAUUGCAUUGGAAAGUCGGCUAAACCACGGUCCUUUAAAGGAAAACAGAUACCGCUGCCAUAUUAUAAUAAUAGAAGUGCUUGGAACUUUGUUAAGCAGCAAACAAUUAGUAAUUGUUUCAAAAAGGCAGGCAUUGACAACAUUGAGUUCAUUACAGAUGAGAUUGCAGCCACUGAUGGCGAAAACUAUGAAUGGUGCACACUUGAUAACGAAUACAUUCAAUGCGAUAGUAAACUUGUCUGCUUUGGACCCAUGUCGGACGAGGAUAUUGUUGCGGACGUAUUGGCAGUCAAUGAAAAUUCUAYCGAAGAUGAGGAAGUGUUCGCGCAAUCUAAUACUUGUAUUAAACACCCCUCAACGAAAAAUGCCUUGCUAAGCUUAGAAUCGCUGCGUGACUAUUUUUUCCAUAAUAAUAUAGAUCCCUUAGAGGCUUUUGAAGACAUUGAAAAUUUAAUCCUAGAGAAUUCUGAAGAACAGAAAUACCAGAAGAAAAUAACAGAUUUUUUAAAGUAA